AUGCUGGCUGCUGACUGGGACCUCAGCGAGGCUGAGGAAGGGAAGGGUGCCGCCCGGCGACGCUGUCCCUGCACACACGCGUUCUUUCCGACGGCUCGACUAAGCCGCCAGCCAGGGGCCGAGCCGCGGCGAGCUGGUGGGGGGGGCCAGCGCGGCCGGGAGAAGGCUUUGCGCCGCCGGGCCCCGCCCCCGGACCGCGAAGGAACGUUCCCGGAACGCCCGCUAGAGGGCGCGUGCGGCGCGACGACCUGGAGCUUCGCGCUUUGUCCCCCCGCGCGGCCCGUCGUCCGGCGCCGCGGCGGGAAAUACAACGCGCUCCUCCCGGCCACCGCCUCCUUCUGCUCUCGCGCGCCUGCUGGGGUCUGCCCUGCUGUGAUGGAGGAGGAGGAAGACGGAGCGGCCGAGGAGCAGCGGCGAUUCUCCUACCAACAGAGGCUGAAAGCAGCCGUCCACUACACUGUUGGUUGUCUCUGCGAGGAGGUCGCAUCAGACAGAGAGAUGCCUUUCAGCAAACAAACCAUCGCAGCGAUCUCGGAGUUGACCUUCCGCCAGUGCGAAACUUUUGCCAAAGACCUUGAAAUGUUCGCAAGACACGCGAAAAGAAGCACAAUUAACACCGAAGAUGUGAAGCUCUUAGCCAGGAGGAGUAAUUCACUGCUAAAAUACAUCACAGAGAAAAACGAAGAGCUCACUCAGUUUAACACAGAACAAAAAACAAAGAAGAAGAAGAAGCUAGAGGAUGACAACACAAAAUCAGUGGCUGCGGCCGCGGCUGCCGGCAAGGACGAUUCUUGACCCUGUGGCCACCGGCAGACGCGGCCGCCAGCAGGGGGUGCAGCAGGGAGCAGCGCUGCCACAAAGGGAUUUUCGAAGGGAUCGGUAGAGAUUAAAAUAAAAGGCUAAGAGGCUUGC